UAAACAUUUAAAAAAAGUCCUUAUAAAAAUAAAAAAUUAAUUAAAUUAACAAAAUAAAUUAAAAAUGUAUUCAAAUGAAGAUAUGAGGAAAAUCGCAAAAAUCUUUAUAGUGAUUUUUCUAUGCAGUGAAAUGCAACCAAGUGUCACCCAAAAUAACUCCUAUGAGCAACGUGUUUUAUACUAUAGUUCCAAUGUUAAUACAACAGAGGCCUCUUUCAAUAAUGCCCAACAUCAUGCCUCCAUACGUUUGAAAGAUCAUGAUAAAAAUUUUGGUGAUGGCCAUAUAUGUUCAGGAGUUGUAAUAGGUCCCUCGGUGGUCUUAACCACAGCUCAAUGUGUUUACAAUUAUAAUCAAAAUAAACCUUAUCAUCCAUCUGAAUUAAAAGUAGUCUUGGCUUCUCUCAGUCGUUACCAACUGCAAGAACAAACACUUAUCUAUAGUGUGACUCACAGUUAUCAACCCAAAACUUUUGACACCCUAAGACUACGUGAUAAUGUGGCCAUUUUAAUGUUGGAACGUGAUAUACCCGUUAUGAAUGAAUAUGUACAAGCGAUUACUUUGCCUCAAGCCAAAGUAUACAACACUAAUUGGUAUGAUAAACAAAAUGGUGGACAAUUUAAGGUGACCACUUGGUUGAAGACCCAUGAAGAUUUACAUUUAAAUCAUUUAAUGUUGCUGAAUGCUUCCCAAGUAAGUGAUGAAACCUGUUUGCAGUAUUAUGGCAAAACUCUUUUCACCACCGGCAUGUUGUGUGUCAAUACCAAUGAAUCUUUACAAGAAGAUUUUGGUUCUCCUUUAUUUGUUGACAACAAAUUAGUGGGUCUACGUAGUUUUGCCUCGGGUCAUUUAUCUCCUGCCAUUUACACAGAUGUUUCGCAUCAUGCGAAAUGGAUACGUGAAAUUAUUGGCGAUGGUACUAAUCAAAAUAGUUCCAUUUGGGGUUCGAUGGGUUUUUUGCUAUUGACCUAUGUGGCCUUGAAACGCAGCAAAUUUAUGAAGUUGUAAAUAGUUAGUUUUGAUAAUAUUAUUAUAGCAACUAAAUUAUUUAUAUAUAGUUUUAAGUUUAUCUCUCAGUUUAGUUUAUUUAAAAUAAUAGUUAAUAAGUUUUUGCUAAGAGUACAAAUAGAAUCUGAAACUGUUGAAAUAGUUUUUGUAUAAAUAUGAAAAUAAAAAACAUUUUAUAAAAUCUUAUUUAUAUGCAUAUAAAAAA